CGGCAUCGCUGUCGUCAAUUUGAUAAUUUAGGUCAUGAUUCGAUGCGCGAUUAAAAGCUGCAACCCACGUGUAUGCAAACACAAACGCAAACAGGACACACCAACACCGAACACACACACACGCGCGCGAGAGACAUGGCGUCGUACAAGAAGGCCAAGCUCCAGGCCAAGCUGGAGGAGGAAAAGAAACACGAGCAUGUGCGAGUGCUGGUACAGCUUGUGAAUGAGGAAGGAGAGGAAGCAUGUCAGCCAAUCGAGUUGUCAUCAGAGACCACACCAGCACAGCUCCAAAUGCUGUGCAACGAGAUCCUCGAAGAGGAGGAUCCAGCGCCGUAUGCAUUCUAUGUCAAGGACAAGGAGAUCACAACCGACAUUCUUGACAUCAUGAACACAACCGGUGUAUCCUCUGAGGAAGUGGUUCGAGUCGUGUAUCAGCCCCAGGCUGUCUUCCGUGUUGCCGGUAUCUCGCAAUGCAGCGGCACCAUUCCAGGGCAUGCGGACAACAUUGUCGAUGUGGCAUUCAGUCCCGAUGGCAACUCGCUCGCGAGCGGCAGUGGUGACCAAACCGUCCGUUUCUGGGAUGUGUUCACAGCAACACCACGCAAGACAUGCAAAGGACACAAGAGCUGGGUGCAGUGUGUGGCAUGGUCGCCCGAUUCACAGCUGCUUGCGUCCGGCAGCCGCGACUGCGAGAUUCGCGUGUGGAAAGCAGAUCGCGCAUCGCCCGCCUGCGCACCGCUGAAGGGGCACAGGAAAUACGUCACAUGGCUGUCGUGGGAGCCAAUGCACACGUCGAAACACAAAGUCUCCACACGGCUUGCAUCAGCGUCAGCGGAUGGCACGGUGAAGAUAUGGGAUGUGUCUGUUGGGCGAUGCCUGAUGACGCUGUCGCAGCACACCAAGGCAGUCAAGUGCGUUGUGUGGGGCGGUGAAGGCAUGAUCUACACGGCAUCGCAGGACACCACCAUCAAAGCGUGGCGGGCACACGACGGAGCAAUGGCAUGGUCCAUGAAGGGUCAUGCGCAUUGGGUGAACUGCCUUUCUCUCAGCACAGACCACGCCCUCAGGACGGGCGCCUUCAACGAGCGUGGCGUCAUCGAGGGCGACAUCACGGAGACGAGUCUCAAGCGGUACAACGAAGCAAAAGGACAGAAGGAACUCAUGGUCUCCGCCAGCGAGGACCACACGCUGUUCCUUUGGGAGCCGAGCAAGAGCAAGAAGCCCAUCUGCCGCAUGACUGGCCACCAGCGACCCGUCAACUACGCAAAGUUCAGCCCAGACGGGCGCUGGAUCGUCAGCUGUGCGUUUGACCGCUCUGCCCGCGUGUGGAACCGCAAGGGCGAGUUUGUUGCCACGCUGCGUGGGCAUGUCGGACCGGUCUUCCGGUGCGCGUGGGCGCCAGACUCGCGCAUGUUCAUCACGGCAAGCGAGGACAGCACGCUCAAGCUGUGGCAGACGAAAGACACAAAGCUGUCGCGAGACCUGCCUGGCCACGAGGGCUCUGUGUUUGCUGUGGACUGGUGCCCAACUGGCUCGAUUGUGGCCAGCGGCGGCGCAGACAAGAUGCUCAAGAUCUGGCGGCGCUAAUGGCACCGCUGCUGUUGGUUGAUUUGUGCGUUGGCUCCGAUGCGCAGUGCCGUUGGUGCGUGGUGAUUCGCUGUUGUGGACAUGAGUUGCAGUCACUGCAUUGGCUGCCUGCGCAUGUUGUAGCGGAUGUAUGUGUGUGCGUGUGCGUGGGAGUGAGUGUCCACAAACAUCAACCACCUGAAAGAAGAAAAGUGGCUGCUGGCUACAGCGUUGGCAAGCAAGCAAGAAAGAAAAGCACAAAAACAAC